UUGGUUUGGCCUGCACACAUGUGCGCUGGAACAAACAUCAGUUGAAUAACAUUUUAGUUGGCCAAAACACAAAAAUCAAGGAUCAACAAGAUGUCAGUCCGAGCGAUGGGAGUGCUGGGCCAGGCGUGCCGCUUCAGCCGCUUUGCCCAAGUGCUGCGGCAGAGCCACCGAUCCGCCCCAGCAGCUCUUAAUCUCGCCCUGGGAUCCCAGCGAUCGCCAGCCGCCCUUCCUCUGCGUCGCUUCUCCACGGAGGCGAAAAAGGCCUCGGAUUCGGUGGUGGACAAGCACGAGUUCCAGGCGGAGACCCGCCAGUUACUGGAUAUCGUGGCCCGUUCUCUCUAUUCCGACCACGAAGUCUUCGUGCGCGAACUCAUCUCCAAUGCCAGCGAUGCGCUGGAGAAAUUCCGCUACACCUCGCUGAGCGCUGGGGGCGAGAAUCUGGCCGGCAAGGAUCGUCCACUGGAGAUUCGCAUCACCACCGACAAGCCACUGAUGCAGCUGAUCAUCCAGGACACGGGCAUCGGCAUGACCAAGGAGGAGCUGGUCAGCAACCUGGGCACCAUCGCGCGCAGCGGCUCCAAGCAGUUCCUGGAGCAGAUGAAGGGCAACCAACAGGCAGCCACCUCGGAGGCCUCCUCCAACAUCAUCGGUCAGUUCGGCGUGGGUUUCUACUCGUCCUUCAUCGUGGCCAACAAGGUGGAAGUGUUCACAAGGGCGGCCACGCCCAAUGCCCCCGGACUGAAAUGGUCAACCGAUGGCAGUGGCUCCUAUGAGAUCGAAGAGGUGCCAGAUGUUGAGCUGGGCACGCGGAUCGUGCUGCAUUUGAAGACCGAGUGUCGCGAGUACGCUGACGAGGAGCGGAUCCAGGCUGUCAUUAAGAAGUACAGCAACUUCGUGGGAUCGCCCAUCUUGCUGAACGGAAAGCAGGCCAACGAGAUUAAGCCUCUGUGGCUGCUUGAGCCGCAAAGCAUCAGCAAGGAGCAGCACCACGACUUCUACCGCUUCAUCAGCAACAGCUUUGAUGUGCCGCGCUUCACGCUGCACUACAAUGCCGAUGUGCCAUUGAGCAUCCACGCGCUACUCUAUUUCCCCGAGGGAAAGCCGGGCAUGUUCGAGAUGUCCCGGGACGGAAACACCGGCGUUGCUUUGUACACGCGCAAAGUGCUCAUCCAAUCCAAGACAGAGCACCUGCUGCCCAAGUGGUUGCGCUUCGUGAAGGGCGUCGUCGACUCUGAGGACAUUCCACUCAACUUGAGCCGCGAGCUGCUGCAGAACAGCAGCCUGAUCCGCAAACUGUCUAGCGUGAUCUCCACUCGUGUGAUCCGUUUCCUGCAGGAGCGCUCAAAGAAGCAGCCAGAGGAGUACGAGGCCUUCUACCGCGACUACGGACUUUUCCUGAAGGAAGGCAUUGUAACAUCCAGCGAUGCGAACGAGAAAGAGGAAAUUGCCAAACUGCUGCGAUUUGAGUCUUCCAAGUCGGAGACCUCAAGUGGUCGGAUGUCCCUGGAGGAGUACUACAACAGCGUUCCCGCAGAACAGCAGAACAUCUACUACUUGGCAGCGCCAAACCGCGUUCUUGCGGAGUCCUCGCCCUACUACGAGAGCCUGAAGAAGCGAAACGAGCUGGUGCUCUUCUGCUAUGAACCCUACGAUGAGCUGGUGCUUAUGCAGCUGGGCAAGUUUAAGAGCAAGAACCUCGUAUCCGUGGAGAAGGAGAUGCGCGAAGAGUCCAAGGAGACAUCGGCGGCUACCGACUUUGGUGAGGGCAGUCUGCCGCGUUCGGAGUUGGACGCUCUGAUUCCCUGGCUUGAGGAGGAGCUUAAGGGCCAGGUGAUCAAGGUAAAAGCCACCUCCCGCCUGGACACCCACCCCUGUGUCAUCACCGUGGAAGAGAUGGCCGCCGCUCGCCACUUUAUCCGCACCCAAAGCCACCAGGUGCCCGAGCAGAAUCGAUUUGCCCUUCUUCAGCCAGAACUGGAGAUCAACCCGAAGCACACCAUCAUCAAGAAGCUGAACAAGCUGCGCGAGAGCGACAAGGAGCUGGCCCAACUGAUCGCCAAGCAGCUCUUCGCCAACGCCAUGGUGGGCGCCGGUCUGGCGGAGGAUCCCCGCAUGCUGCUAACCAACAUGAACACGCUGCUUUCGAAGGCUCUGGAUAAAUACUAGGAUGGGGUUUUAAAAGCUCUGUGUAAAUCUACUAACUAUGUAAUAAUAAUUUGCUUAAUUACUUUAA